UUUUUUUUUUAGCUUUUCUCUUUUUCGUAUAUCCUUUCAUAUUCCUUGAAUGAACAGAUCAAUUCGUCAUUGUAGGUGCGGAUCUACCACUCAUCUUCGAACAAGCCAUUAUGAAUGUCCACUCAAUCAAAACAAACGGCCAACUGCGCAUAACAGUAUCGUCAAUUUAUGCAGGUGCGGAUCUGACACUCAUUCUCGAACAACCCAUUAUGACUGUCCUUUGAACAGAAAUACUCGGCGAAGAUAUGAAGAUUCUCAACCACAACAAGGCUCUCAUCAACAUCAAAGUUCUCAUCAGCUACAUGGAGAUUCUAACCAGCGCGUCAACUUUUCUCUCAUUUGCUCUCGCUGUGGUCGUAGAGGUCAUUCAAGUGCACAUAACAGGUCAUGUCCUUUCAACAAAUUAAACAUCAUCAACGAGCGUCUAGGCGCACAGUACAAUCAAGCUGCUUCUUCUAUCUCAUUUGUCCAAGAAUCUGUCUUUGGUUCCUAUGUUUGCGACGAUCAAGGUCCCAACUAUGACCGGCAUCUACUAUCUCCAUUUGAAACUAUCUGUUCAACAUGCGGAGCGCUAAUGUGUAUCGAGGAACGACUUCAAUCAGCAACAUCAACCCGUCUGCAAUUCAGCUUAUGUUGUUCAAAUGGUAAAAUCAACCUCCCACUUCCAACACCACCUCCAGAAGAAAUGCUUUCCAUGUUACUUGGUGACAGAACCACAAAUGAAACGAUUGCGGAUUUCCACACCAACAUUCGAUCAUAUAAUACUUUGUUUGCCUUUGCGUCCACCGUGGCAAAUGUAGAUCAAAGUCUUCUUUGGCAAGGUAGCAACAGACCAACAACAUUCAGAAUUAACGGAACCAUUUACCACUGUAUUGGUGCUUUACGAUCAAACAACUAUCAACAAUCCAAUUUUUCUCAGAUUUACUUCCAUGACACCUUUGAACAAUUGCAACGACGAACGAAUUUGAUCUCUCAUUUGAAGCCUGAAACCGUCCAACUUCUUCAAAAAAUCGUCCAUGACAACAACCAUUACGCCAUUAAAUUCAUGACAGCAGUAGAUCAAGAUCGUGACGAACCGAUUGGGAAUCUUCAAGUGGUUAUCAGCGGAGCAAAAGAGCUUGGAAGGCGACAAUUCCCUGUACGACCAGCAUUUGCAAUGACCAUCCACAAGAGUCAAGGACAAUCACUGGACUAUGUAGGUGUGUAUCUGAAAGAUCAAGUGUUUGCCC